AUGGCGUCAUACGAUACUGGCUAUGAAGAUGAACUAUUUCAACAUCCCGUUGGCCAUACAUUGCAUUGUGGUAUAUGUAUGAAUGUUUUAAAAAAUCCAGUUACGUGUCGACAUAAUGAGCAUCUGUUUUGUCGAGCUUGUAUCACCAUACAUCUCAUGAACUUUCAAACAUGUCCAUCGUGUAUGGAACCACUCACUGUCGAAUCACUGCGCCAAGCACCUCGGGCCGUAACGAACUUACUGUCUGAAUUGAAGAUCCGUUGUCAAUUCUUCGAUCGUGGUUGCGGACAGUUUGUUGAAUUAGGAGAUCUCAAAAGGCACGUUGCAGACUGUGGGUUUGCCCCAGCAGUCUGCUCUAACGAAGGGUGCCAAGUUGAAGUGAAUAAACAUGAUUUACUACACCAUGAAACAGCUGUGUGUGAACUACGCAGAGUCAAGUGCCACAGUUGCAACGAAAUCAAACAAGAGAUGGAUACAGUGAAAUUUAAUUUGGCAGCAAUGAAUGAAAAGUUGAAAGAAGUUGGGAAAAAGAUGGACAGAAAUCAGGAAAACGUGAAUAGCUGUGUGGAGAAAGCCAACGUAGAGGUCGGAAACAUCGUCGCAGAGGUUGGAAACGUCGUUACAAAUGUGGUUGUAAAAGUUGAACUGGUUCAAGAACAACUAAACAAGCAGGAAGAAUGUAAUCGUCGGCUUGAGGCGGACAAUGUCGAAAUAAAGAGAAGUUUAAAUGAAAUUACGAAACAACUGGAAAGAAUGACUCGACAAACAUCGCGCAAGGUUCAGGCGGAAGAAAUGAAGAAAGGGAUUGCAGAGGGGGAAGUGGACAGAGAGCCGAAGGUUGUUGUUGCUGGAGGCUGGAAUGGAAGUAGAGAUUUAAAUUCAGUGGAAAUGUUCAGUCUCUUAAAUGGAACCUGGACGGUUGAUAGUGAUUGGAGGUCUUGA